AUGAGCGCAUCGCCAGCUCAGGCGCCGUCAGGCCCCAACUCCGUCACCCCUACCACGGGAGGGCCACCGGCGCAGAUGAUGCGCAAGAAGCCGCCGGUCAACAUCUUCAACAACAGCAAGAAGAAGCCGCUCAAGCGACCGCCAGGCCAGCGACCUGCUGCUCCCGGCCAGGCACCAAAUGGAGCUCGCCCAACCCCUCUCCAGCAACAACCGCCAGUCCGUCCUCCUACACCUUCGCUCAAUGGCAAUGUAUCCGCCGCGCCACCAGCAGCCGACGAGAAUGAAUACACCGACUAUCCCAUCGUCAUCUCCAAGCGCGCCCUGAAUGCGGCUGGCCAGCGCUUCCAUGCCCUCAAGUUCCACAGUCGUAAGAAUGAGAAGGGCGAGAUCAUCGAAAUCAAUCCCUUCGACGAGUCCCAGUUUGUCAAGCCGCUGCGCCUCCACCGCCGUUAUGCGCGUGACAAGAUGGAGGUCGCCGAGCAAUCAGAUGCAGCUGGCGGCGUGGACGACAAGGAGCGCGAAGUCAUGAAUGCGCGCCGAGCUGAACGCCAGGCCGAGCGGGAAGAGAAUCAAAAGCUGAUUGCGCCGACUGGAGGCGACACAAACAGGCCCAUGAAAAAGAAGCAGCAGAAGAAGGUCGAGGAGGGCAGAGAUGAGAGCAACCCAGCUCGACAGAAGCGACAAAAGCUGCGAUACGAGGAAGCACGUCCGUGGCAUUUGGAGGACUUUGAAGGCAAGAACGUCUGGGUCGGCAGCUACGAAGAGGCACUCUCAGAACGCAGCAUCAUGUUACAGCCCGAUGUCAACGUCUUCCGCAUGGUGCCUGUCGAGAAGUGGUACCGCUUUAUCGAGACGAACAAGGUCAGGACCAUGGACCCGGAAGAGGCCGAGAAGAUCAUGCAGAAGAAGUUUGGCGUGGGCAGAUGGGGCUUGAAUACACAGAAGGCGAACGACGAGCACCGGCGCGAGGAGGCUGUUGCACGUAUCAAGGCUGCCCGCCAAGCCAAGCGCGAGGAAGAUGACGAUCGACGCGCUUUCGGUGGCGACGAUGGUGACUUUCAAGCCGACAGAGACAUGCUCGACAUGGAGUUCAAGGACGAGUUUCAAGAUGACGAUGAAGGCAUGCUCUUUCAGGGAGACGAGGGCGAGGAUGAGAAGGAGAUCGAGCAGAAGAUCUGGCUAGAGAUGCGGAAUGCUGGACUUGGUGGCACUGGUGUCAAGGAUGAAGAUCUCGACCCUGAGGAAGAAGAGCGACGAAAGGCCGAAGAAGAGCGCGAAGAGAAGGACAAGACAAAGCAACUGCGCAAGCAACUCAUGAAGAAAGAGCACCAGAUCCAGUACGGCAGCGAUGACGAAGAGUUCGACUCAGACGACAGCGACGAAGAGGACCAGCGCAAGAAGGAGGAACAGGAGAAGGAAGAGGCAGCCAAAAAGGCUGGUCAGGUCAAUGGCGACAAAUCUGGUUCGUCGACUCGAGGAACGAACACUCCCUCUGGACGACCCGAGAAGCGUCCUGGCUCGACAUUGGGCAAACGGCCUGGCUCCCCAGACGUCUCUGAUCUCAGUGGCAACGAAUCGAGCCGCAAGAAGAUCAAGAGUGCGAAUGGUGCAGCCACCGCUCCAGGUCGUGCUUUAUCUCCGGAUAUGGCCAAGAAGAAGAUUCGAUCAGGAGGCGGCAGUGGCAGUGGUAGUGACACGGACACAUCUCGCGGCCGCCCCAAGAUCAAGCUCAAGAACAGCCCGCCAGGCUCUCCCUCCUCCAACACUCCAAAUGGUUCACGAUCUGGAACCCCAGCUGGUGGCAGCCGUGCUCAAAGCGCGAAGCCCAAUGGCGGCGCCAAGGCGUUCCCAACACUCGAAGAGGUCCGCGCUGCCAUUCCGCCCGAUGGAAUCGAGAUCAAGACUCUUGUUGGCAUGUUCAAGACUCAAGUAGCUGGACGAAGUGGCGAGUUCAUCGCUUUGGUCAAAGCCGCUGGCAUCCAGAACAAGACGAAUGGGAGGAUUAUGCAGAAGACCUAG